AUGACGAAGACUUCGACGCCACCCGGAUAUACGAGGCCUACUGGGUCACGUGCUCCUUCUGGUCACGCUCAUGCUCACGUGCUCCUUCUGGGCGAGUCUGUGGAUGACCUCCUGAAGAAAAUGCAGACAAAACGGUACCCCAUUCCAAGGAUUGUCGGUGGAACAGCAAAGCUCGUAGGACCAGUAGGAAAGAAAGUCCAAGACCUCGGUCACAAGGAGAAGAGAAAACAAAAGGAAAUCGGAAAGAAAACAAGGCUGCAUGACAUUGCCGCUGAUUUCAGGAAAAAGCAGAAGAUCAAGCAGACGGAGACACCCAGCCGCUACCAGAGUGACAUGGUACCCAUCACUGUCCUCAGGGAAAAAGAGGAAGUUAUAAAAGAACUAAAAAAAGAACUGGCCAAAGAAAGGAGCCACAGUCGGCAGCUGGCUCAGGCCCUGGCCACAAAAAUUGUAGUUGCCGCAGGAGAGAGUAGAGACACAGCCACUACCUCCGAUGAGGGGCUUCCCUUUUAUGAGUCACCAUUCCUUGAGUGGGAGAAUGCACCCUAUCCAAUGAAGGAUGUUCACUGCGGCCCAGUUUCAGUGCCUUCAACUUCUGGCACAGGAUGCCCAUCUACACAGCGUGCGUUGCCUGCUAAAGUACUAGUGGAUCAAGCUCUGGUACCGCCAGUUGACCAAGUACUGGCAAACCAAGUGCCAACAUGUCCUGCUGAGAGAGUGCAGACUGUGCCGACUCCUCCCGCAGCUCUCUUGCCAGUGGCUGACGUCCCGCCAGUCGGUCAACAACAAGGACUUCAGCUGCCAGUGCCUGUUUUGGACAGGGAAGAUCCCACACCACCGGCUUUUUCUGAGGAAGAUGGCAUGGUACACCUCGGUGGCAAGAUAAAGCUUUCGAAGCUAAAGAUUGAUGAUUUAGUAGACAGACUCCCUCCCAAACGAUAUGUGAAAGAUUUGUGCAGGUGUAUUUAUACUCACGAAGAGAUGUGCGCGAGAAGUGUGACCGGUGCCCCCUGCCGGAGUCAGUUGAAGGAUGGGGCAAAGGGGAAGCUGCCGGUAACCCCAAUGAAACUGCUGGCCCUUGCAAAUGGUCUCAUGUACUACGAGGGAGCCAAACCCACCGAAGCUCGGCACACGGGCCCCGAACUUCAGAAGAUUGUGCGGGAGGUUUUAAAGGAGUUCCUGCCCGACAACGCAAGACAAGGCACAAGAAGGAGGGAACCACCGGCACCCAAAGAAUAAAUGUGCAUGCUUGGGUGAAACAGCACACAAGAUUUACACCCAAGCCUCCAUCCUCUCAAUAAAUGUUCCUCGAGGCAUUUAGGCAUAA